AUGUUUAACCUAGCCACAAAAGAUGUCCAUUGUUACUGGUUUGACGAGCAUAAUGCAGGAUUGGUGGCUUCUGUUUUUGUAUCAUGCGUCAUAGAUUGCCUGAGAAAAAUUCUUUCAGAGAAAACUUUGCCAAUUAUCCUAUGUUCUGAUGGAUGUACAUCCCAAAACAGAAACGUUGUUUCAGCAAAUGCUCUUUUAGAUUUAGCCAUGGAAUAUAAUGUCGUAAUAACACAGAAAUUCCUUCAAAAAGGUUAUACCCAAAUUGAGUGUGACUCCAGCCACAGUGCAAUUGAAUGCAGGCUUAAAAAUAAGGAUAUAUACUUACCUUCCCAGUAUGCCACUAUUUCCAAGGAAGCUCGGCCGAAACAACCUUUCAUGGCAAAGGGCUUAGACACCUUUCUUCAUGCGUUGAAUAAGCUCGCCAGCUGCAUUAACACAGCGGUCAAUGAAGGCAAGAACGUGACCGCUGCUAAUAAGCGAUUAAUUAGUCUUGCUGCGAAGGAAAUUCACAAAGCUGGGCAUAUUUUUGGUCUCCUCAACCCCGCGUCCAUUCGUAGCUCACCAGCCUCCAACAGCGAGCUGAAGGAGAAAAUUCUAGCAUGUUUGAGGGAGGAGAUCGCAGGCGUGAAAAACCUGGUCACGGCCAAUAAACCGACAUAUGCACAGGCAGCAGCAGUGGCUCGCGGGGCUUCGGCUCCCACUGAGCCCCCCUCAGUGUCCAAACCGGCGAUUAUAAUUACUCCUGCGGUAGAGGUGAAAUCUCGUCAGGAUGCCGUCGAACUGUUCAAAAAGAACAUUAACUACCGUGCUUCCAACUACGCACCUGCUGGAAGUCAGCCAGUUUCCAACAGUAAGUUGCGGGUUGAAUUCGACAACGAAACCCAGCUUAAAGACACCCUCACGCGGCCUCAGGGGAAAAGUGAGCUCAAAGCCGACCAGAAUGCGCAACACGAGAUUCUUCUCUCGUUCAUAGCAGGUGAUUAUGACAUCGCCUUCAUCUCCGAGCCAUACGUUGGCUCUGGAGAUCAGGUUAAAUCAGUGAUUGGAAUUGACACAUACCAGUUCUUCACGGGCAGCAGGAUUAAGGCUUGCAUCCUAGCAAAACCAGGAUGCGGGUCGAUCUUGGGAUUACGGCUACUCAAAACUGCCACCCCUAGGCGCCCACCAGUUACCCUCAACGGAGACGUUACUUACACCACCGAUAGCCAGGAGACUGCUAAGGCACUUUUGGACCACUUUUACCCGGACGACUCACCCAACACCUUACCACGACAUCACGAAUUAAGAUCUGACAUGACCAAAUCUCCUCAGUCCCAUUACGAUCCCCCCUUCACUCAGGAGGUGGUGUUGGAGUGUUUAAGACAAAUGAACCCUAAAAAGGCUCCCGGACUCGACAAUUUAACAUCAGACAUAUGUUUACAGUUUGCGACGGACUAUCCUAGACUCUUGACUGACAUACUUAACCGCUGUCUUGCACUCCAACACUUCCCUAACCAGUGGAAAACCGCAUAUGUCAAAAUUAUCCCGAAGCCGGCUAAGUCUGUCUACAGUGCAUUAGGGUCAUUCCGUCCUAUUGGCUUGAUACCAGAGUUUGGCAAGCUGCUGGAAAAACUGUUCAUUAGAAGAGUUACAUACCAUGCACAACGAAAUAAUCUGUUAAACAAAUUUCAGUUCGGUUUCCGGAAACAGAGCAACACGUGA